UGUAUAGUGUGGUACAGUGUCGCUUACACACUCACGCUUUCAAGAUGGCGCUCAACUUGUGGAGAGAAAGACGAUCGAGCGUCUGAACGGUUCAGAGCGGGUUUGCUAUAGCUACGUCAAGCGUCGGACAAUGAACAAGUACCGGACCGAUCCAUUUAUUUUUAUCGUUGUUUUGACCAGUCAAUUAUAAAGAUAGUGUUGUGCGUUUAGUGCAAAAACAAAAUGUGUAGCUAUACACAGGGGAUUGUUAGGCUAAAAUCGAAAAUAAGUACGUGCUAGUGCUCAUUCCUCAGUUAUGUCAAUGUGUUAAGUCAAAAUGGCAGCCACGUUAACUGUCGAGCAAGAACAGGCUACGAAAGAAUUUAUAGAAGCAGUUAAUAAAUGUCGGGCUGGAAGGAGAGCUGGUCCAGUAUCAUGGAGUACAGCUGUAAAAUUUUUGACAGCAAGGAAAUUUGAAGUCGCAAGAGCACUAGCGCUAUAUGAACAGCAUGAAGCCACCAGAAGAAGAGAGGGUCUUGCACUUUUAUAUCCUACUCAGGAACCUUUGCUCACUGAAUUACGCACAGGAAAAUUUACAGUUUUACCUUCACGGGAUGCUACAGGGGCAGCCAUAGCUAUUUUUACAGCACAUUUACACCUUCCACAAAAUACCACUCAUCAAACAACGUUACAAGGCGUUGUAUAUCAAUUAGACGCAGCUCUAGAAAGUGUAGAAACUCAAAAACACGGUCUGGUUUUUAUUUAUGACAUGUCGGAUAGCAAAUAUCAGAAUUUCGAUUAUGAUCUAUCCCAAAAGAUUCUCACCCUCCUAAAGGGUGGUUAUCCAGCUAAAUUAAAAAAAGUCUUAAUAGUGACGGCACCGUUGUGGUUCAAAGCUCCCUUCAAGAUCCUUCGAUUAUUUGUACGCGAAAAAUUAAGGGAUAGAGUAUUCACCGUAUCUAUUCCUCAAUUAACAUUACAUAUCCCACGGGAAUCAUUACCGCAUCGUUUGGGAGGCACAUUGGAGAUACAGCAUGAAGCAUGGCUUCUUCAUUGUCUUAAAUCCAUGACAAACAGGGGCGGGGGUGAACUUUGCGAGGUUACCCCCAGAGUGGGUACUCCUCUUUCGCCCACAUCGAAAAACCAAACAGUUCAUCAAAAUCCCAAUGGAACUACAGUCAGUAGCUCAACUAGUCCUAUAAUUGAUAAGAACAAAGUGAAAAAUGGUAUCUCGAAUAUUGGAGAUAUUGAGAUUACGAAUGGUGAUGUCUGGAUGGGAACCGAUGAGGCACCAUCUCCAGUUCAGCCUCCGUCCUCAGCUAGUUCAGGUUUUAGCGACGACGACAGCCUUCACGGAGAUCUUGGUCUUCAAGCCGUUACUAUGGAACAACUCAUCGAAGAGAUACAUUCGAGAGGACGCGCAGGACUCAUAGCAGAGUAUGCGGAAAUUAGGCAAAGACCGCCUGAAGGUUCCUUCAAUAAUGCCAAAUUAAGAUCGAAUCAAUCGAAAAAUCGAUAUACAGAUGUACUUUGCUAUGAUCACAGUAGAGUGUGCCUAUCGCAAAUAGAUGGAGACGCUACAUCGGAUUAUAUAAAUGCUAAUUUUGUUGAUGGUUACAAACAGAAAAAUGCGUUUAUUAGUACCCAAGGUCCGUUGCCAAAAACUUGUGGAGAUUUUUGGAGAAUGGUUUGGGAACAACAAACGUUGGUUGUCGUUAUGACCACAAGAGUGGUGGAAAGAGGACGUACGAAAUGUGCACAAUAUUGGGGUCCUGAACCAGGUGAUGAAGUACAAGCAGGUGGUUUUACAGUAACUACCCUUGAAGUUGAUACAAAUCCAGAUUAUACGAUAUCAAUGCUUCUUCUUACAAAUAAAAAGACUGACGAGGCAAGAGAAGUUUGCCAUAUGCUAUACACGGCAUGGCCGGAUUAUGGAGUUCCACAAUCGGCUAGAGCUUUAUUACAAUUUUUAGCCUUAGUAAGACAACAACAAACUAAGUUACUUGCUAGUAGAGGAGAUACAUGGGCCGGACAUCCGCGAGGACCUCCUAUAGUUGUUCAUUGCAGUGCCGGUAUAGGAAGAACAGGAACAUUUUGCACAUUAGAUAUUUGCAUAUCGCGACUAGAGGAUACCGGAACUGUAGACAUCCGUGGAACUGUUGAAAAAAUUCGAGCGCAGAGGGCCUACAGUAUUCAAAUGCCAGACCAAUAUGUAUUCUGUCAUCGUGCUCUAGCAGAGUACGCGCUUUCCAGGGGAAUGCUUAGUUCACAACACCUUGCUAUGUUACCUCCAACCAUAGAAGAAGAUUCUGAUUAGAUCUCUAUUAUCAUGUACCAGAUUGAUGUUCUUCCCGAGUAUACAUAACAAUCUCUUACAUAGCCUAUUUCUAGCUUAAAUAACUAAAGGUUAUUUUUUGCUAUCAUCUCCAUCGAUGUAAUAUUUCAAAUUUCUAUUCUUAUGUUAGGCUGUAUGUUUAGAGAAUAUGUAAAGAAAGACUAGUUUUUUCAAGGCUAAAUGUAAGAACAGAAAUUUUUUAUUUCUGUUUCUUGGUAUUUUGCUCUGUGAAUAAACGAUUCAAUAGUAAGAAUAAUGACAGUGCAGAAGUAUCAAUAGAAAUGGCUAUCCGAGUAAAACAAAGUAUAAUCGGAUGGGCUGAUUCUAUUUUAACCCUCUCAUAUGUAAAUUUUAUUGUACAUUUAAAAAGAUAACUUAUUUAAAAUGUGUGAAGUGUGAAACGCCUCACUUUAUAAACAUUCCAUUUGAAAACAAUUACUAUGUCAAUUAAAUUAAUAUAUAAUGUAUACAA